AUGAACGUGAUAGCGACGAAUGAUAUGGAUGAGAUCUAUGAGGAUCCUGAGUAUGGUGAGAUGGGAGAAUUCGAGGAGUUAUCGGUUGAGGAUGAUGAGAGUGAGGAGACGGAUGAUACGGCAGCAAGUGUGGAGGCAGCAGUGAAGCAGAAAGAGGAGAUAGUCGCCAUGGAGGCAGCAGCAGUGAAUGGUGGAGAUGGAGUUGGUGUCAACACUUUUGCAGCAGCGAUCGUGGUUGAAGAUGAAGCAGUAAAUGCGAAGUAUAUGGGAGUUGAAGCUGUGAAAGGGGACAACCUGGUGAAGGGAUCAAAUGUGAAAGCAACUGCAAAGGGGCGAGUGCUUACGAAGGAGGAACACGUUGAAGGGUACAAGACCCGAGAAAUGUUGGGUGUUGAGAUGCCGAGGAGAAGCGAGAGGCUUAAGGAUAUCUAUCAAGGUUUGGACGUCAAGGCGCUCAACUUCACGACACGCUACCAGGAGCAGGGGAGGAGUGCGGGUGGAGUUCGAGGUUGA